UCGAAGCCCAUCAGCCCAUUGUGAACCUAACCUACCGAACCCACGCGUCAGCUCCCACGGAGGGACUCCACCUGCCCGCCGCCGGCUGUCUUCCUCGUCAGAUCGCCGGUGAUCCUGUCUGCGUCUUGCCACAAACCCACGCCCAUUCCGAUGUCGCGCUUCGGGAAGACCGUCCUCCUCUGCUUAGCCCUGUUCGCCGCAUGGCACCUCUGCGCGACUCUGUUCGCCGACGCGCCUCCUCGUCCUGGUGGCCACUCUGAGGAGAAGAAAGCUGUGGUCAGCGACGCGGCCGGGAACGCGUCGGGCCUGAGUCUCGCCAGGGAGGCUGCCGUCCGUGCGGCGGCCGGUACGGGCCGCAACUUCGUCGUCUCGCCGCUGUCGAUCCACGCGGCGCUCGCGAUGGUGGCCGCCGGCGCGCGGGGCGAGACGCGCAGGGAGCUCCUGGGGCUCCUCGGGUCAGCGUCGCUCGACGAGCUGCACCGCGUGCCGGCGAUCAAGCUUUUCGGCAGACUCAACGGGCUAAAGCAGACGUCCUUCGCCUGCGGCGUGUGGGUCGACCGGAGGAGGGCGCUCAGGCCGGAGUUCACGGCCACCGGCGCGUCGCGGUACGCCGCCACGGCGGAAUCCGUGGACUUCGUGUCGGGGGCCGAGCAGGCGAGGCGGCGCGUGAACGCCUUCGUGGCGGACGCGACGAAGCAGCGCAUCCAGCACAUCCUCCCUCCCGGCUCCGUCGACUCGUCCACGACCGUCGUCCUCGCCAACGCGCUCUACUUCAAAGGCGCGUGGCCUGAGCCGUUCGCCGUCUUCACCGCGCCGUUCCACACCCCAGACGGCACCACCGUGCGCGUGCCGUCCAUGACGACAGGCCGGUCACAGUACAUCGCGCUCUACUCGGGCUUCAGGGCCCUCAAGCUUCCCUACAGGAACGACGGCGACCGCUCCGCUGCAUUCUACAUGCUUAUCCUUCUCCCGGACAGCGCCAGUCUCAGCCUUUCCGAUCUCUACGACAAGGCGGUGUCGUCGCCGGAGUUCAUCAGGAAGCACACGCCAGAAGAGGAGGUUGAAGUACGCCGGUUCAUGGUCCCCAAGUUCAAGUUCACCUCUGACUUUGAGGCCUCCUCGGACAUGCGGAAGCUUGGUGUCACAAGGGCUUUCACAGGCGGCGACUUCUCAGGCAUGGUGAGCGGUGGCGAUGGGCGGCUCUCCAUUGGCGGGGUGCACCACAAGGCCACCAUCGAGGUGGACGAGCAAGGCACCGUGGCCGCUGCUGCCACGGCCACAGACAUGGCUGGCAGCGCGCUUCCAAGCGAGCCGCCGCACUUUGUGGAUUUUGUGGCGGAUCGGCCCUUCUUGUUUGCCGUGGUUGAGGAGAGGACGGGCACAACGCUGUUCUUGGGUCAUGUGGUUAAUCCCCUCGCUAACUGAGUAAAAUGUGGAACCAUUUGGUUGUUGAAUACUCCAAAUGCAGUAGGAGGCAGGGGUGAGUGCUGAUCUCCAUUAAAAAAAGAAGUACUUGUACAAUAUUAUUGCUUGCUUUGCUUAAGAGCUCGAACCAUUAUGCAACAAAUCAUGUCUCAGAUCAAACUGGUUACUGGAAGAAGAGGCUCUUGUAUUCAGUCUGUCUCUUGGUAGCAAGAUUAGUUACAAGAUUGCCACACAGAAUUUGACAUAGCAGCGAGACAGUGCAUCCAGGUGAAGUCACCAUUGAUAUAAUAUAUUAACGAGGAUCAGCAAUCUGGACAAAUUUCUGAGGUCUUCACUCUUCAGCAUUAUCAUUGUAGAUCAAUGAGGAUCCAACCCAAAGGAGAACUGUCUGGGCAUCCAGAAGGAUGAUGCUUUAAAGAAACUAAAUCUUGUUCUAGCCAAAAGAUGCAACAAUUGUGAUUCUCCAAUGUGUUGUUCUAAAGUAGUGAGCCUGACUGUCUGUAGUACCAUUUUUCACUGUCAUAUGUAUUCUGAUUUUCAGGUAUAACAACGCACACUCUGCAGAGGAAGAAUAGACCGGUUCAUCAUCGACGCGAGUUCUGUCAGCGGUUGUUGAUGUUCGUCAUUGCCCGACGAACCAGGCGAGCUGAAAGUGCUAGCUUCAUUCACGACAUGUCCUUUGUAGCGACUGACUGAUGCUGGCGGUGAGAGUGUUAGAUCAAUGUCUUUUCUCUUCUUCCGGAACUUAAGAUACAUUGCCGUGCUAUACCUUCCUUGACUUGUUAGUAAAGUUGGAGCAAGUAAUGUUUCCUCUGGAAAACUUUUAAACAGCUGACUGAACAAAACUAAAAGAUACUGUAAAUGCAACCGAAGUGCUUCAACAGACAAAGUGUAUGCUAUGUGUGUGAUGUUCCGGAGUCACACCACGCCCAUUUUUAUCUCCAGUUUUGUUCUUGUCUGUCGCAUAUUUUUUCUCUUCUUUCUAAGUUAGCAGUGUUUGCUACUUUAAUUUAAAAAUAGUGGUCAUUGCUAAAAAUUACAUAUUGAAAUUAUUGGGCAUGCAGAAUUUGCUAGAUAUUUAAACUGGUUCAAAAUCUCCACAGCUAACUC